AUGCUCUGGCAGCAAGCCGUGCUAGUGUUUGAUACACUCAAAAGUGGAGUGUGGAUCGACCUGGCCAUCCUCAACUUAUACUUGUACUACCGCUGGACGCGUGAGCCCCACUGCCCGAUCCGGUACAUCACUCACGAUGUCAUGGGAAACUGGCAUGGAGUUGGCUCUGCCCCCUACACCGCCCGCAUGGAAACCUAUACCAUUCCAGCCUUCCGGCACAACUAUGGAUUGCCCUCUGUAGGCGACCUGCCUGUGGUUCCCCUCAUGUUUGCCUGUUUGCACAGGAACCACUUCUUCCUUGUCCUGAUGGAUCACGCCAACCAUCGUAUCUGGGUGAUCGGCCGCAGCAGCAGGUCGCCCGCCAACAAGAGGGUCGCCUCUGACCGCUGGUCCGAAUGGGAUGGUCCUGAGGUCUACAAGCACAUCUGCUGCCUUCAUGGCUGGGAUGCUGGUGACACCGACCUCGUGCGCACAUACAGUGUUGUCCUCCCACAGGAUGGCGUGAACUGCGGCCCCGUCGCCAUCUGCACCGCCCUCUGGCUCUUCAAGCAUGGUCUCCAGCUCAAUACUGAUGACGUCCUCAGCCUUCCUCCUCCCAUUUGUCCUCAUCUCAUCCGUCUCGCUGUCCUUCUCGAGGUCUCCCGCAUGGUCUCCAUUUGCAAGACCGACUUCGAACGUCUGAGAGAAGACAGCCCGUUGGAGUGGAAUCUUGACUCAAAUCCCACUGGCCAGCCCAACAUGGAAUGGGAGAUCAUCGAGGAGGUCCGUGACAUUUUGCCACACAUUUUGCCCAACCGCGUCAUCCACCACCCGGCCUACACCAGCCUGCAUGCUGCGAUCACCCUUUGCUCUGAUUGCUCUGCCGCUGGGCCACUCUACACGGCCUAUAUGCGCGUGCUCCAGGACGGUGGACAUGAAGGACCAGACCUCAUGGAUGUCGACGAUCCCAUUCCCAAAAUGGCUGUCCAGGGUGGCCUUUGCACUACACGACGGGUCUGCCCUCUCUCUUCCCCUAACGUCAAUGAAACUGGCGCCUCUCCAGAGCCUCUCGAUCUGGUCAUCGGCCGUAUACGGCGCCAUCAUGCGAAGUACAAGGAGAUCAAGGAUGUGUCCCUCAGCAACCCAAAACGCUUUCCUAGGUUGACUGAGCCCCUUCCCCUACCUCCCUUCUAUCAGGAGACUUGGAUCAAGCAUAGCGACACCUUUGACGACUACCACACGGGCCCUACCCGUGAAGAGAUGCUCGUUGAGAACAAGCAGCUCGGUGACAUCCACGCCAUGUACACCAUGGAUCCUAUUGCAACCUACAUUGCCUCCUCUAGCUGGACACGCUUUGCCGACCAGGGCAUGCGUCUGCUUGCCGGCUAUGCUCACAUGCACUACCUCAGGGAGCCCUGGGAGGUCCAUGCACACAUCCUUCCCUGCCCUCGUCCAGCCCCUCACCCCUCCCAGUACUACCACCAGCUCUACCAGCAGCGUGCCCAGGACGAGUUUCUGAAGAAGAUGCGCUCAACGGCGGCGGCAUUUGCAGGAAACCCUGUCCUUGACUUUGUUACCCGUGUCCCUCCAGACAUCGCCUUCAUGGGGCUCGAGGACAUGCUGCAGAGUUACCAAGAAGGCAAUCCAGCCUGCACUGAGAACUGGGACCUCUUUGUGCGUGGAUUCACCCCGACCAGAAGCUAG